UCACUUGACAAAUGAUCGCCAUAGACUCAUAGUGUCGUCUAGUCCGAGUGGUCCUCUACUCCUCUUUGUUUUUCUCACCGUACGGUGGUCCUCUCAACCUCUUAUUGGUGACCGUCGUCUAUCGACCACCACGAGCCACGAGUACACCUAUAACCGCGAUGCCCACCACUACGGCCCAAUAGCCCACUAUGACGUCAUUUCGCCACUCGCCAACCACCAUAACCCUCCGUCGGCGUCACCCAUCGAACACCGGCCACUAACCAUCGACCCAUCGACACUCCGUGUGUUUCCUUCACUGGAGCGCCCGUCGGCUCGCAAGCGUUGCGUGCACUUGGAACCCCGAGUGAGCCGAAGGCCCUCCAAAU